GAACGUCGUGUUGCCAGCAGCAGUAGCAGCGCGAGCGGGCUGUGCGGAGAAAUCGGUCCAGCAUCUCCGGAGCGGACCGGCUGAGGGAGACACGCAGGACAUCGACGAAAUGAGGAGAAAUUAGCUCGCCGACUGCCUCAUGUUUGUGAUAUACCACUGAAAACCGGGAAUUGAUGUUUAAAGCCGGGAAACCUUCUUGUUUGCCGUCGACCAGCGCGGAGGUCUGACUUUAUUUUUUUUUUUUUUAUCAAUGAGAUAUGUGGAGUGUCUCUGCCGGUCGGUGUUAACACGAAAAGACACAAGAUGAAGAAGCAGUUCAACCGGAUGAGACAGCUCGCCAACCAAACAGUGGGCAGGGCUGAAAAGACAGAAGUAUUAAGUGAAGAUCUGCUGCAGGUGGAGAAGCGUUUGGAGCUGGUCAAGCAGGUUUCUCACAGCACACAUAAAAAGUUGACCGCCUGUCUGCAGGGCCAGCAGGGCAUGGAUGUGGAAAAGAAAUCUGUCAGAUCACCAUCGAAAAAGCUUCCCCUCACAACACUUGCACAAUGUAUGGUAGAGGGAGCAGCCGUGCUUGGGGACGAGUCUCUACUUGGGAAGAUGCUGAAGCUCUGCGGCGAGACGCAGGACAGACUUGCUCAUGAGCUGAUUGUGUUCGAGCUCACCAUGGAGAGAGACGUGAUCGAGCCUCUGUACGACCUCGCAGAGGUGGAAAUCCCAAAUAUCCAGAAACAACGGAAACACUUAGCAAAACUGGUCCUGGAUAUGGACUCUGCACGCACACGGUAUUACCAGUCUACUAAGUCUUCAGGACUGUCCAGCAACUUGCAGCCAACAGGAGCCAAGGCCGACCACCUCAGGGAAGAGAUGGAGGAGGCAGCCAACAGGAUGGAGAUCUGUCGAGAUCAAUUAUCAGCAGACAUGUACAGUUUUGUGGCCAAAGAACUUGACUAUGCAAGCUACUUCCAGACACUGAUAGAAAUUCAGGCAGAAUACCACAGGAAGUCAUUGGAGCUGCUUCAGAGUAUUCUGCCCCAGAUCAGAGCUCAUCAGGAGUCCUGGGUGGAGAAACCGUGCUAUGGGAAACCAUUAGAGGAGCACUUAGCGCUCAGUGGGAGAGAUAUUGCCUUUCCCAUCGAGGCGUGUGUCACCAUGCUGCUGGAGUGUGGCAUGCAAGAGGAGGGUUUAUUCAGAAUUGCUCCAUCAGCCUCAAAGUUGAAGAAGCUCAAGGCGUCUUUAGACUGUGGGGUAUUAGAUGUUCAGGAGUAUUCUGCUGACCCGCACGCCAUCGCAGGUGCUUUGAAGUCCUACCUGCGGGAGCUACCUGAGCCACUAAUGACCUUUGAACUCUACAAUGAAUGGAUCCAAGCUUCCAACAUUCAAGACCAAGAGAAGAGACUCCAGGCUCUCCUCAGUGCCUGCGAUAAACUACCCUUGGCCAAUGGCAACAAUUUUAAAUAUUUAAUCAAAUUCCUUUCCAAACUGACUGAAUACCAGGAUUUGAAUAAAAUGACCCCUGGAAACAUUGCUAUUGUGCUGGGACCCAACCUGCUGUGGACACACAAUGAAGGUAACAUCACAGAGAUGAUGACGACCGUUUCUCUGCAAAUCGUUGGCAUCAUUGAACCAAUCAUCCAGCACGCAGACUGGUUCUUCCCUGGAGAAAUUGAGUUCAACGUGACAGGAAACUAUGGCAGCCCCGUCCACACCAACCACAACGCCAACUACAGUUUGAUGCCAUCUCCAGAUAUGGAUCAGACAGAUCGAAAACAGAAUGACCAGAGCCGACGGCCCCUCAGCGUCGCCACGGACAACAUGAUGCUGGAGUUCUACAAGAAGGAUGGCAUUAGGAAGAUACAAAGCAUGGGUGUCAGGGUGAUGGACACUACUUGGGUGUCACGCAGGGGCUCGUCUUCUACGCGUAAAACCUCUUCCACGCCACCAAGCGUACAUCCCUCCGCCCCGCCCACUGAUGUUCUCAUCCCCGGGCAGCCUGGGGAAUUUUGUGACUCCCCUACCCCUACCCCUCCUCCCAGUAGCAGCGACCGAGCCAGCUCAGAUGAAGCGUCUUCCAAUUGGUCGGACUCCUGUUAUGUGUACCCCUCCCCCGAGGAAGAGAGGCCGCCUCCCCCUUACCCCUUUUCCUCAUCUUCCUCUUCUUCCUCCUCUUCCUCCUACUCGCUCCCACACCACCAGUUCUACACCCGGGCACCUCCUAGUAUGCGUCCUGUCGCACCCGGUCCUGACUCUAUACCGCCUGGCCUGUCUCCUCCCCCCCGCCAAUGUGGAUACAGCCCACCACCAUUGCCCUCCAUUUGCCCCUCCCCCCAGCAGCUUGAUGUAAACUCCAACCCCAAACCCAACUGCUUGCACCUGACCAAACAGGCUUCCCUGCCUGACGCAUCGCAUGCGGCCCCGUUUGAAUCGAAUGGCUCCACCCUUUACAUCAAACCCCCCCUCGUUCUUACUCGUCACGAUUUGUUCCCGGGUACUGCUAAACCCCCUAACACCCCCUUAUCCGCUCCCCCUCCAUGGGCAGCCAGUGCCUCUAACCAAGAGAGAGGAGCCAAGCUGAUUAGUACACUAAAGAACAAAGAGCUGUCUCCGGUGAUCGGACAGAAAGUAAUCCAGGGAACAGCAGCCUCUGGUGGACAGUUGCAGCACUCUGAACACAGCCCACACUCCAUGAGGAGAGCCAAGAAACUGGCCCCAAUCCCACCUAAAGGACCUUACUCCCAGACAGGGGCCAUGUCUGACCAGUCAACAGGUCAGCCGUCUCCUGUCAGCCUGUCGCCCACUCCUCCUAGCACACCAUCUCCAUAUGGCUUCAGCUACCCACAAGGGUAUGCCACUAUUGGCUCCCCGGGACAGCUCCAGACUGCCACAACCCCAUCCCUCUCUUCGCCACCCUCACUGGCUGGGACUCUCACCAAGGCCAGGCCGACCCAGAAACCGCCCCGCCAGAGGCCCAGCCUACCUCCUCCUCAACCCCCAACCACUCCGGGCACUAGUCCUCAGUCUCUAGAGCAUUCCUCGGGUCUCCUGGACAGCUUGUCUCCUGGGGAAAGCAUGUCCACAGAUUCACUCUGCAACUUGGACAUCCCCGUCAUUGACAUGGAACUGACGAUAUUUUUGACUUGCCCCACAUUUCUCCCUUCAGGAACUCGGUGGCAUGGUUCGAAUCCAGCAACACCAAAGCGGAUUCUGAGGAAGAGUCUGAGAGCACAGCACUAUGACAUCACUGAUCCCUUCGUCCUCACUUCCCCCCGCCUGAUGAAACUCUACGCUACAGCCAUGCCAUCGUGCUUGAACCCUACACCUGCUAGUUCACCUCGACCGCUCCUCUGGAUCUCAUUUUCACUCCCCACCUGUGCUUGAUCCAGAGGAGCUGGACUGUACAGAAAACAAUCAUUUAAAAAAAAAAACAAAACAAGGUGAACUCUUUUAGAAAGAAAAAGCAACUCCAUGAGCUGUCUAGCGUCUACGUUUGAUCAGACACAUCAUUUGAUAUCUUAUGUUGGUUUGGAUCAUUAGGUUUGAUCUGGGGCACAUUCAUUUUUUUUUUUUUUAUAAAACUCAUUUAUUUGAUAUAUUUUAAGUUUUGCCUUAUUUGAUCCACUUGCAAUAUUGCCUUUAACUUCACACAUAAGACUUGAAUCAGCCUGCUGGGAGGAACUGCUGCUUCUCGUGAAUGAACAACAACACAGUACUCUACAUCUGUCCCACCAUUAUACCUGCUUCUUCCUUCGUUCUGUCACUUUUUUUUUAAAUCUUCCUGUGCUGCCAUCUCAGCGUCCUCCUCCAUUCUUCAGGGGUGCAGUUCACAUCCUUGGCAACAACCCCGUUCCCACCUGUGCAUUCACUGUGAGUGUGCCAGUAUGUGUGUUUUAUGUUUUAUUGGUGUGUGAUGUAUUUGGUAACUGUACUUACUUAUAUGAUGUUGCACUGUCGGUGUUGUUGAGCAAAACAGCAAUGCAUGUCUUUGACCUUUCGGAAAUACUACCAGGUUGUCCAGUCACAUAUUUACAUGGCGCUCAGUCAGGAUUUUAAUCACUGAAUAUUUAUUGUUUAUACUGUAUAUUUUCAGAGUAUAUGAUAUGAUUUACAUUAUGGAGCAAUCAUAUUUUCUGUCUACAGGAUAGUUAUAACUGUAACAUUUCCUACAUAUACUUGAUGUUGUCAGGGAGCUAUAAAGUACAUGGCUUUUGGAGAGUACGAAACGGAUGAGCAAAUGCAAAAAAAAAAAA